AGGGAAUUGGCAAAAUCACAGGGAAAAAGCUGUGCUUCAAAGGCUCGACAUUUCACAGAGUUGUAAAGAACUUUAUGAUCCAGGGAGGCGACUUCACCGAAGGAAAUGGACGAGGCGGAGAGUCCAUUUACGGUGGCUACUUUGAAGGUAAUGGAGAUGUCAGAUUAUCUAACAAACACUCGAUAAAUGUUUUAUCUCAAUACUCCUGAGCCUCUGACUUUGUAACUUUUGCAUGAGCACAAUGUUGCACGUUUCUUGUUGUGUUAAUGUAUUUCCUGUGUAUGACUCUAAUGACCUUCACUUUUCCAUUGUAUAGUGUUGUCUUCUACUUAGUAACAGUAGUGGGCUUUAUCAAAUCAGCAUGGAGAGUAGGCAUUCUAUUUAUUGAAAGCUACAAUCUUCCUGCCUAAAAUUUUCAACAUAUUCUUUUAUUUAUAGAGUGGUCUUUUGCAAAAUGAGAAGGUAAGAGAUGUACACGGCUCAGUAACACCAUGUCAACAUUGUCCCCACCACUUUCCUCUCUCAGUUAAACCGGUGCAAAUGUUUGCAGUGGUGCAGAUGCAAAUUUGUACUGAAAGGACGUGAAAGGGUUUUCUGUACGAAAAGCCACCCUGUCAGACCCCCCGAAGCCUCAGGCUGCUCAAAUUGCAUUUAUGUCACAUAUGUGGUAUUUAUAGCCACGCGACUACCGCGACGUGGGGUCCGAUGAAGUGCAGGGCUCUCUGUUCUGGUUUGUGUUUUCCAAGUUGAACAAACAUUUCAUGGAUGCAAAUAGCUUGAUGAUAUUAAUGAUUGUUAAACAGUUCUUUAUUCAGAUUUACUUUAGUAUUUAGUAUUUAAAGUAAAGAUCAUUUGAGAUGUUUCAUAUUGCAGCCAAUUAAAUUGUCUACUAAAACUUAACUCAGGAUUAAUUUAGUACUUUAUCAAAAAAUUAACAGAAAACAUGAAACUAGCUUUACAUAGUUAAUUUCUCACAGGAGGAAUCUAGUUCCCCUUUUUUGGUCUAAUUUACAUUUCUGCUGUAGUUUUUAAAGAUAGGGUUAGUUUAAACAAACCACAUGUUCAUCAUGACAGCGUGAAUAAUAGCUAUCUAUGGAAGCCCAUUUCUGCUAGUCAAAGAAAAUAAAAAUAAGAAAUAAGCUUAACGAAAAAAAUAUUCACAUGGUUAGUAAUAACUGUGAGAGUCAUCGUUGUGAGACAGAAAAUCCAAGUUAUGAGAUUCAAAAGAUUCCAAAUUAUGAGGAAAAGUUAGUAUAAGUCAUUGAGAUAAAAACUGUGAAAUUUAAAACAUUGAACGUAAUUGUAAUAUAGAAAAGUUGAAUAUCUCAUAAUUAUGAGGAAAAGAAGUCAAAACUUUGAGACAAAUUGUUUUCAUUUCUUUUUAUGUCAUAAUUAUGAUUUACCAUGGGAUGUUUUUUUCUUUUAAUCAAGACAAAAUUUUCACACAUUUUUAUCUUUAAUUGGUGAAAAUGGGCCUCCAUUGGUAUCUCCAGAAUCUGUUGGACCCUCUUUAAAUCCACCAUCAUGGAGUUUCCCCACAUGAUCUCUACUCAAAUUUUCUUUCGUUCUAACGUUUAUUUAGAGAAAGGAAAUCGAUGAUCAGUCCAUCUCAAGCAAGGUAAACUUAAUGGAAAUCAGUAUGUUAUUCUUUGGAACAUGGUCAGAGUGAUUUUUAAAAAUAUAUGCGAUUUUUAGUUUUAAACAUAGAAAACCAGUUUGGUCCAUUAGAAAACGACUAGAAGAAACAAACAAAACCUUUUCAAACAGUGCUGUAAUGGAAGGUGAGGUGAGUUGGUGAGGCAAUGAUCAGGUUUGAUGGAUUAAAGUAUUUCUUCCUUUUGUUCUGUUCUUCCCUGAAUAUUUCUGUAAUUACACAUCAGAGAGCUCACACUGAGACGUCGAUCCCUCUUUCUCUGCUUCCAACAGAUGAGAACUUCAUUCUCAAACAUGACAGAGCCUUCCUGUUGUCGAUGGCCAAUCGUGGGAAGGACACCAAUGGCUCACAGUUUUUCAUAAACUCUAGCAUCCUGCUCUUCCAAGCACAACGAAGAUGGCCCCGCACCUUGACGGAGUCCACGUCGUCUUUGGUGUCGUGAUCUCGGGCUUUGAGGUGAUAAAGAAGAUCGAGGGGCUGAAGACUGAUUCAGCCAGCAGACCUUACGCUGACGUGAGAGUGAUGGACUGCGGACAACUCAUCACCAAGUCCGCUAAUGAUGUUCUAGAAGGCAAGAGGAAACGAACCUCCCAUUCGGCCGAUUCGUCCUUCAGUUCCCAUGAGUCGUCCUCUCAGUUGUUCUCUUCAGGGGGAUCUGAAAGUGAAGUGGACAAAAAGCACAGACAACGGAAGCAAAAGAAACAUGUGAAGACUAAACAGUCAAAAAAGAAAAGAAGGGAAUCAAAGAAGGAGAAAAACAUUAUACCCUCAAAGCAAAGUCCUGUGGAAAAAGAGAUGCAGGACUCGGAGAAUGAAGUUGAGGGAGAGAAGGAGCAGAGUGGGAAGAGAGAGAAGCCUGUUGUCCGACCAGAAGAAAUCCCACCGGUGCCCGAGAACCGCUUCCUGCUGCGACGGGACAUGCCCUCUCAGGAAAAUAAAACAGAGAUAGUUGAGAAAGAAGAAACGUUUCUUUCAACUGAGCAGAAACCAGCAGUCUCGAAGUCCGGACGGAAGAUCAGGGGCAGAGGAACAAUGAGAUAUCACACCCCCACAAGAUCUAAAUCACGCUCUGCCUCUGUGGAAGAGCGCGGCAGCAGUGAUACCCCGCCUCACUGGAAAGAAGAGAUGAAGAGAACCAAAGUUUAUCAGCCGCCGAGCAUCGAGCGAUGGAGCAAAGGAGACAAAUUGACUGACCAUUCCUCAAGCAGAUGGGACAACAGGAGCGACUCUGCCUGGUCCCGGUCCCGGUCUGCAGAACACUCCUCAGAUCGCAGCUCCAAGAGGUCCAGCCAGCGCCGCCAGGAGAAGAAAGAGAAGAAGAAAACCAAACGAAAGAAGAAGAAAACCAAACGUAAACAGGGCAAGAAGAAGAGCUCCAAGAACAAACCUCAAGAGCCUCUCCUGUCAGAGGGUGAAAAGUCCGUGUCUUCAGAAAGAAAGUCCAGAAGAUCCCGUUCUACAUCCAGCUCCUCCUCAAAUCAGCACCAUUCGUCAACUCGGAGGAGACGGCGGUCCUCGCUGUCCUACUCUAGAUCCUACACAUCCAGUCAGUCCAGAUCAAGGGGCAGGUCCAGGUCUUAUUCAAGAUCAAGAAGCCUCUCUAGGUCUAGAAGUCGGUCUUUGACUAGAUCCAGAUCUCUGUCCUAUUCUCGAUCACGAUCUAGAUCCAGAUCAAGAUCAAGAUCCAGGUACCGAUCUAGGUCUCCAACCAGAAAGAGAAGUUCAUCGAGAUCACCUAGAAAGAGGAAAGCUAGCAAGUCCAAACCGGACGCCAUGAUCCACGUCCCCGAUAAGCUUCCAGACAGCAAAGUCCCUCCAGUCCCCAGACUCCCUAAUGUCCCAGCUCCUGAAAGUGUCCCUGUGAUCCCGCUCAGCGACAGUCCUCCACCCUCUCGUUGGAAACCUGGCCAAAAGCCCUGGAAGCCCUCCUACAUCCAUAUUCAGGAAAUUAAAGCUAAAGUAGCUGCUAACAUUUCCAGUGCAGGACAGGCAGCUGAUAGCAUUACAGAAAAGGCUCAGACUUCAGUUGCACCCAAGAGUCUGCCAGGUGAUCCUGAAAGCGACAAAGCUCACAAACCUGCUGGGCGCUCGCACAGCAGGUCCUCCAGGAGCAAAUCCUACAGCCGAUCAUACAGUCGCUCAAGGAGCAGAAGUUACAGUAGGUCCAGGUCCAGAUCCCCUCAUCAGCAGAACAGCAGGUCGUCCUCCUACAGCAGAUCAGACUCUGAACACUCCCAGAGAGCGGGUAGCAACAAGAAGAAUGUGCUAGACAAGGAAUGGAGGGAGUAUUACAGUUCUCUGAAGAGGAUCAAAAAUGUAGACAAGUUAAUUUCACUUGAGAGUAGUCAAGAUGCUCAGUCUGGAUCGGAGAACAGGGCAGGCUUUGAGCAAAGUCCAGACAUCAGUGGCUCUGUGGAGAAAAUAAGAGAGAGAGGUAGCUCACAGGAUCAAGAGAUGAAGCAUCACAGCUCGGUACCAGUGGAGAGCUUUAAUAGCAAGUCUGAAUGGGAUAGUGACAGUGAUAAAGUGAGCCAAAGCAACAGGAAGACCCUGUCAAAAAAACAGCAACAAGUAGUUCAGUCCAGUGAAGUUCUUGACAAGAAGUUGUCCGCUCUCACCGGAUGGAAUUCAGAAAGUGACUCUGAAAAUGUAACAGCCAGGACUCAGGCCAUAUCUGAAAAAGAGGAAGGAGAGGCGAGCUCAGAAUCCGAAUAUGAGACAUGCAGAAAGAUGUCCGCAGCGGUGGACGCUCUGGCACAGAGGAUUGCUGCUGCUUUAUCUAGUCCGUCUGAGGGAAGUCCUGAAAAGGUCCCAGAGCCUGAGAAGCACAAGAGCAAGAAGAAGGCCAAACGUAAGCACAAACGCAAGAAAAGAACUGAGAACAAAAGCGGUUCCCAUCACAGUAAAAGCAAAGGGAAGCGAUCCAAGAGGAAGCAUCAGAAGCUCAAAGAGACGUUUCACUGGCAGCCACCUUUGGAGUUCGAAGAGGAGGAGGAAGAGGAUGAAUCAAAACGAGAGAAACGUAGUCCAGGUAGGGCUGGUAAGGAGAGGCCUGGAGUGGACAGUAUGAGUGAAAAGGACAGACAUUUAACCUCUUUGAACAAGAAUCCUAUUAAAGAAGAAGAUAAGGGGCAUCAGAGAACAAAACACACAGAACAUCUUCAGUCAUCUGACAAGAAUGGUGCUAAUUUAAUCAGCAUCAAAGAGCAUCAGUCAUUAGAUGAUAUGGACAUUUGUACCCCAGAGCACGAUGCAGAAAUUGUAGAAACUCCAGCUACGAAGGAUUCUUACAAUAAUGCACCUGAGUUAUCCCUUAAAUCUACCUCAAAGUCUUCAGAUACAGCAAGUAGAGACAGAGCUUUACCUCACAGCAAAGAUCACCCUUCUGUUACCUCCACAACAACCGCUGGUGGACAGCAAGAUGAAGGAACCACCGGCAGACCUUCCAGCACUGCAAUUCAUUUUAAAUGGAAGCCUUUGAAAGGAAUGUCGGCUCUACAAAAUAUCAACGUGCCACCCGUUACUUCAAAAAAUGUCCAACUUCAAGAGAGCCAGACCUCCAACAAGCAGGCAGUAAGAAUGGAGAUAAAAAGCAAAAGCCGGGUCCGGCCAGGAUCUCUGUUCGAUGAGGUUCGGAAGACCGCGCGGCUCAACCAGAGGCCGAGGAACCAGGAGAGCUCCAGUGAGGAAAGAUCCCCGUCUGUCGGGAAGACGAGUGGAACACGCUCCCCAAAGAAAUCCAGGUCCGUGUCCAGGAAGUCUCGCUCCGUUUCCAGUCACCGGUCCCGCUCCAGAGGCUGGUCCCACUCCUACAGCAGGUCCAGGAGCAGAUCCCGCAGCUCCAGCUACUCCUCCAGGAGCCGCAGCAGGAGUAGGAGGAGGCGAGGAAGAGGAAGGUCACGCUCUCGUAGCAGCACAUACAGAAGUUACAGGAGUCACAGUCGGACGUACAGCAGAAGUCAUUCCAGGAGUCGUUCAUAUACUCGCCACCGGAGAUCCAGGUCAGACUCCUACGACAGCUACUCCAGCAGGAGUCGGAGUGUGAGCAGGAGACGAGGUCGCCGCCGAAGUGACAGCUACAGGAGCUCAGACCGCCGCUCCCGGUCGUAUCGCUCCUCCAGUCGCAGUUCUUCCAGGCGCAGGAGUCACAGCCGCAGCAGUCGCUACAGUUGAGCUCUGGAGUCUGCAGAAAAGGGGACAAAACCACAAAGUCUGGACACUGAAGAGCAAUUACUGUUAUCGUCUCCGAUCAGAUAAGCUCAAAGAGGAAAAAUCUUCAUCUUGUUACUGCGCUGUAUGUUCCUCAUAUAAGCUGACAUGAUGUAAUUGAAUGUAAAUAAAUAAAUCACAUUACAGGCUUAUAUAAAGAAGGAUCUUUAAGGGACUUACGAGCGAGAGCGAGAACAACUGGGCUGAAUCUGAUCAGCCAUGAGGAAUAAUGAAAGAUAAGCUGUAUAUAUUUCAAAAUAUUGUAUAUUUGUUUUACCCUUUUCUACAUCUGUUUUUUUAUACACUGUAACAUACAGUCAGACAUACUGUAAGUCUCAUCCUCUCAGUUGUGAUGCGUGCGAUGGGUUGAGGUUUUGCCUUAAUUUCAGGGUCAGCAAGAUGGGAUACUUAAAUGGGCGAAAUAACUUUGUAGCAGUUUCGAGCCCUCAUUUCUUUUGUUUCCCUUUGUUUUAAUACUGUACAAUGAAUGUUAAAACUGUACUCAAUGUAUUUUCUUAUGUUACUCGAACAGUUAUGAAUGUUUACACUCAGUAAAACCACCACAUCUUAUCUC